AGUGUCAAAAUGUAUGUGGUGGUGGCGUGAGGCGUGGAAGUUACAAUUUUUAAAAUAAAUUUCAUCAUGUCGAUGAAGCACGAACGUGUUCCAGAAAACAUUGAUUUUCCCAAGGAAGAGCAAAAAAUUCUUGCUUUCUGGAAGGAAAUUGAUGCUUUUCAGAAUUGUCUAAAGCAAUCUAAGAAUAAACCCCGGUACACAUUUUAUGAUGGCCCUCCAUUUGCUACAGGUUUGCCACAUUAUGGCCACAUCCUUGCAGGUACUAUAAAAGAUGUAGUUACACGAUAUGCUCAUCAACAGGGCUACCAUGUCGAAAGACGAUUUGGUUGGGACUGUCAUGGCCUGCCAGUUGAAUUUGAAAUUGAUAAGACCCUUGGUAUAAAAGGCCCGGAGGAUGUUGAAAAAAUGGGUAUUAAUAAUUACAAUGCUGAGUGCCGAAAAAUAGUAAUGAAAUACGCUCAUGAAUGGGAGACCAUUAUUACACGAAUGGGUCGCUGGAUAGAUUUCAAAAAUGACUACAAAACACUUUAUCCAUGGUUUAUGGAAACAAUUUGGUGGGUUUUCAAAGAACUCUACAAUAAAGGAUUAGUGUAUCAAGGAGUCAAGGUAAUGCCAUUCUCUACGGCAUGUUCAACACCACUUUCAAAUUUUGAAUCUGGACAAAAUUAUAAAGACGUUGUUGAUCCGGCAGUUGUGGUUUCCUUUCCCACGGAUAAUGGAUAUUCUUUACUGGCUUGGACAACAACUCCUUGGACUCUUCCAAGCAAUUUAUCUCUUUGCGUGAACCCCAAAUUAAUUUAUUUGAAAGUUCAAGAAAAAGCAACAGGAAAUUGCUAUGUUCUACAAGAGAAUCGCUUUCCUAUUAUUUUCAAAAACACUGAUGACUUCCUUAUUCUUGAUAAAUUUCUUGGUGAAAAAUUAAAAGGUACCAAAUAUACGCCAGUAUUUGACUAUUUCGUGAAACAAUGUCCAAAUGCACAUUGCGUGUUGGUUGAUUCAUAUGUUACUGAUGACUCUGGUACAGGAAUAGUACACCAAGCGCCAUACUUUGGCGAAGACGAUUACAGAGUUUGUCUAGCAGCUGGAAUAAUAACGAGAGAUCAGGAAAUUAUAUGUCCCGUUGAUGCAAGUGGCAAAUUUAUAGAACCUGUCAGUGAUUUUGUUGGCCAGUAUGUAAAAGAUGCAGAUAAAAAUAUUAUAGCCAAUUUAAAAGCUCGCAACCGAUUGGUGCAGUUGGGACAAAUAAAACACAGUUAUCCUUUUUGUUGGCGAUCCGAAACGCCACUCAUAUAUAAAGCUGUACCGUCUUGGUUUGUUAGAGUUGAGCAAAUUAGUCAAAAUCUUCUAAAAUCUAGUGAAGCCACUUAUUGGGUUCCUGAAUAUGUUAAAGAAAAACGGUUUGCUAAUUGGCUCAAGGAUGCUCGAGAUUGGGCUAUUAGUCGAAACAGGUAUUGGGGCACUCCCAUUCCUUUGUGGAUAUCCAGUGACAAACAGGAAGUGGUAUGUGUUGGAAGUAUUGCGGAAUUGUCAGCGCUGACCGGAAAAGUAAUAACCGAUUUGCACAGAGAAAGCAUUGACCAUUUAGAAAUACCUUCUUCGCGACCUGGCCAACCACCGCUAAAAAGAGUAACAGAAGUGUUCGACUGUUGGUUUGAAUCAGGUUCCAUGCCAUAUGCGCAGUUUCAUUACCCGUUUGAGAACAAAAAAGAGUUUGAAGAGAUUUUCCCUGCUAAUUUUAUUGCUGAAGGAAUUGAUCAGACUAGGGGUUGGUUUUACACUCUAAUUGUCUUAUCGACUGCUUUGUUCAACAAAGCACCUUUCAAAAAUCUAAUUGCCAACGGUUUAAUUUUGGCAUCCGAUGGGCAAAAGAUGUCCAAACGAAAAAAGAAUUAUCCUGAUCCACUUGAUGUCGUGAAUAAGUAUGGCGCUGAUGCUUUGAGGCUAUACCUUAUUAAUUCUCCUGUAGUAAAAGCGGAAAACUUGCGUUUCAAAGAAGAGGGCGUAAGGGAUGUCAUCAAAGAUGUAUUUCUCCCUUGGUACAAUGCAUUUAGAUUUUUAAUGCAAAACGUAGAGAGGAUAGCACAAGAAGAUAAAAUUAAUUACGUUUUUAAUGAAAACGCUGUACGGGAAAAUGUUAUGGAUAAAUGGAUAACAUCCUUUACACAAUCAUUAAUCACUUUCGUGAAAAAAGAAAUGGCUGCAUACAGGUUGUAUACUGUUGUGCCAAGACUGACUAAAUUCAUUGAUCACCUCACUAACUGGUACGUAAGAAUGAAUAGAAAGCGGCUAAAGGGAGAAAAUGGGGUUAAAGAUUGCCAAGUGGCUUUAGACACCUUGUUUGGGGUGCUCUAUGAUAUGGUACGUGUAAUGUCACCCUUUACUCCUUUUCUUACGGAUUUAAUGUAUAAAACUUUACGUCACUUGUUGCCUGGUCAGUCACUUGAAAGUGUGCAUUACAACAUGAUUCCUAAUCCAAAAUCAAGCUUGGUAAUGACUGAUAUAGAAAGGGCAGUCCAAAGAAUGCAAACUGUCAUUGAACUGGGUAGAGUGUUAAGAGAUAGGAAAACAAUUCCAAUUAAGUAUCCCUUGCCUGAACUGGUUGUUAUUCAUCAUGAUAAAUCUUAUUUGGAUGAUGUAAAAUCCCUUGAAAAUUAUGUCCUUGAAGAGAUGAAUGUAAAAAAAAUAAACUUGACAAGUGAUAAGGAGAAAUAUGGCAUUAAACUUAGAGCUGAACCAGAUCAUAAGAUUCUCGGUGUUCGUUUGAAAGGAGACUUUAAAGCAGUCACUCAAGCUUUAAAAGAUCUCUCUAAUGAACAAUGUGAAAAACUAGCCGCUGAAGGCUUCAUAACUCUUGUGGGUCAUCGUAUUGAUAUAUCUGAGGUCAGACUGAUUUUCCAAGCAUCUGGGAAUGACCAGUAUGAAGCACAUAGUGACAAUGAUGUGCUUAUUCUAUUAAAUGUGACACCCGAUCAAGACAUGCUGGACGAAGGAUUUUCUAGGGAAAUUAUCAAUAGAGUUCAAAAACUUAGAAAGAAAGCUCAUUUAGUGCCUAUAGAUGAAGUUGACGUAUACUACUCUGUAAAUAAAACAAGCGAUAUUUUACGUAUUAUUAAUUUACAUCGAGAUUUCAUUGAAAGCACUGUUAAAGCUCCACUAAUUCCUAUUGAAAAAUUAUCUAAAUCUAAACCUGUAAUAAUCGAAGAGACUCAAGAGCUCAAAGGUUCGCAACUUAAGUUAGUAAUAACUUGGAGAAAAGAAAUAGAGUUACCAGCAAAUCCUUGGGCUAAUGUUGUCCUGCAGGGUAUCAAACCUCGACUUGGCGUAACAAGUAAUCAGGCCAGUAUAAUUCUGAAAGACAAAGAUAAUAAGUUUAUGACUAUUGAUAACCUUUACCAAGAAGUGCAAGUUCUAUUUGGUAUUUAUGGAAUCAAAUUUACUUUGUGGUCUGCGGGAGCUGCGAUUAGUGAUACAAGAGAUUUGAAUUCAAAAACCAUUAUAGCGUCACCGUCAUUGCCAAAAGAUAUUGAAUCUAAACCAACCCCGUUUUGUAAGUUUAUAAACAUUGCGAAUGGUAUGAAGACUGUCACAUUGUUCCUCGAAAAUCCUUCAGGGAAUGUUACCUUAAACAAUGAAAGUGCUGUAAAGUUUGUUACGGAUUAUUUUGGCUUAAAGAAUUCUGAUAUAGAUAAGAAUUUAUUUAAGUAAGGACCUAUUUGCAAUUGAAUUGCCUGUCAAAAAUAUGAUUAUUUUAUGCUACAUUAUGCUCGUAUAGCAGUAUUGAAUUGUGUAGAUGUAGUUGGUUUAUGCUAAUUUAUUUCUUGAAAUUAAAAACUUAUAAAAAAAAUGUGUUCUUUUACAAUAAAAAUAUUUUCCCCU